AAUUUCUAGAACUGUCGCUGCCCACCGCCCGUCGCUUCGCCCUUUCGUUGAGUUCCAUUCCCUCUCCUCAACAACGCCGCCGAUUCCUCCGACGGCGCAGCCACUUGGCUCUCGGUCAUCUCUCCGGUCCAGAUCCGCCGCGCACGGCGCCGAUUCUCAAUUCUCCGGCAGUCCCAACCUUGAUUCCUCUUUCAUUGAAAAUUUCUCCCAAAAUUUGAACGAUUUUCUCUGCGAUUACUAUAUUUUACGAAAAUUCAAUUUUACUUUCUUCUUAUUUGAUUUUUGAUUCAAAAUGCACAAUUUUUAGUUCCUUUCGUUUCUCAUCUGCAAUUUGAGAUUUCCGAAAUUGUUUCCAAUAUAUUUUUGUUUUUUCAAAAUCGAAUUUGUCGCGUUCGUAGCGAAGUUACUCUUUUGCCCUUAGAAGAUCUUGCUGACGUGGCUGCUAUUGAUUUUCUGUCUUCGGAUGAAAAUCAGACGGUCAGGAUGAGCUACAGUUCUCCCAGAGUACUAACGCCGAAGGCGGCGUCACGGAAGCGGAAGGAGAUGGAGUCCGUUCAUAUCGCCACGUCAUCGAGUUCUCUAACGUCCGUCACUCCUGCCGUUAGUGUCCCCAAGCCGACUACGACGUCGUAUAAGGGACCCGGCCAACACCAGCCGUCCUCUAACCGGCUCCUAGCCGGCUACAUGGCUUUGGAGUUUUUAUCCAAAGGCACUCUCCUCGGCCAGAGGUUUGAGCCGGCUAGAGCCGAACCGAGGAGAGACAAGCCGAGCCAAUCUAGCGAAGGCGAUCCGAGCGGAAAGCCGAAGCCGCAAUGCUAUGCUGACGUGUCAGCCUUGCUGAUGAGUGAGGGCGGGGCCCACAUUCCUGGAGUAGUGAACCCCACGCAGUUAGCCAGAUGGAUUCGGAUGUAGACACGUGGACGGCUACGAUCGUCUUCUGUUUGGCGAUCAACGUGAUCUUCGUGUGCAGGAUUGUAAUUGUUUCAAUUGGUUUCGCGGCGCUCAUUUUCUGCAAAAUGUAUCAAACAGUUUCAGGUACGGAUCAGGAUUUCUUCAUGGAUGGUGGUGCUGUAAUGCGUUGAUGCCUAUGUUCUUAAUCAAUGCCAGACGUGUGAGUCUUCUACUCAAGGAGCUUGUUUGCAAAUUCUGUUUGGUGGAAAUUUGGUAAGGAUUCGAAGAUUUUUCGUUAAUCGUACUCCUGCAUAUGAACACAGAAUUAGUUACUCAUUAAUUGCACUAUCCUCUUAAGAGUUUC